UGCAUCUAUGUGUUUUUUUGGAGAAAACUUGUUUAUACUCUCAAAUCCACUGUGUUGUAUAGCCGAAGGAGGUGAUGGAGCAUGCGAUGACUUGAAUGGUAUAUGUCAAGAAACUACUGUACCCUGUGGUGGAUGGUAUGUACAAGGAAAAUGUGAAGGUCAUCAUUUCAGACAAUGCUGUGUCCCACCUGAAGAUGAUUCAAAAUGCACUGAUAUAACGGGUUCCACGUGCUUAGAUACACGGAUUCAUCCCUGUUUAAAUGGUGAUUAUCGAUCUGGACUAUGCUCAGGACCUGAUACAAGGAAGUGUUGCAUACCAGGAUGUCCUGAUUUUUAUACUGAUAAUGGCAAAAAACAGUCCUACGAAUGUCAUAUUGCCGGAGGAUGCUGCAGACCCUAUUCAUGUGAAGUAGAUGAAAUUGAACUACCGUACAAUUGUUCAUCGAAUUGCAAAUGUUGCAUCCCACAUCAAGAUGAAGGCAUUACGUGUCAUGAUGGAGAAUACCAUGUUGGUAUAUGCAAAGACUCAAGGAUUGAUGACAAUGCUGGAUGCUAUACACAGAGUAAAAUAUGCUGGAGAGACAACGGGUGUAACCGUAACAUGAUGUGUUUUAUCCCAUACAUACAACAACAUGGCACUUUAGAUGAUGCAUGUAAAAACCGAGGUCUUGGUGCGCAUUGUUUGGCACCACACGAACAGUGUUUUGGUACAAUUAUUCAAAACAUAUGCCCAUGUAAAUAUGGAUGUUGUAUACCGUCCAUUGACGAAAUUUGCCCUUAUCCUAAUUACUGCACUAAAGUAGGUGUAGAUUGUGCUGGCCUUUUCAUUGAGUCAGUAUGUGGUGACGACUGGGGAUGCUGCUAUGAAUCUGCAGAUGAUAGUAAAUGUACGAAUAUUUAUUCACUUGGUGGGGUAAAUGGUACUUGUCAACACGACAAUACGUCAUGCGAUGGUUGGUAUGUCUCUAACAAAUGUGCGGGACCACCAAACAGACGGUGCUGCAAGCCUCCAGACGAGGAUGCAGCAUGUACUCAUUAUCCCGGUGCCCAGUGUUUGGAUAUCACGAAGGAUUUUUGUUUGACGAUGAUUAUCGAUCUGGUUUAUGUGAUCCGAAUGGACCUACGAAAAGACAGUGCUGCAUACCUGGAUAACACUACUGGUGAAAUAGAACACAGUCCUUGUUACUUAGCUGGAGGCUGCUGCAGACCAUUAUACUGUGAAGGAAGGGAAGAACAAAUAUCGGAACCUUGUUUUCAAAAUGAAACACUGCCCGGACUACCGGAAUGCCUGUGCUGCAAAACAAAGAAUGGUGGAGGAAAUGGAUACGGAGAUCCUCAUUUUGAAACACUUGACCACAAAUCCUUCCAGUUUGAUGGUCACUGUUCCUAUAUCUUGUUGAGAGAAUGUAAGAAACCACUGCAUACUCCGCGUUUUACUAUCAUCAAUAAACAUGGAUUGAUGGAAAGCCUCAAAGGAAAAUUAAAGGCGUAUGUUUCUAAAAUUUCUGUUGUCAUACAAUUAUCAUCAAAAAAACAAUUCAGAACGGAACUUUUGGAAUCAAAAUACGUUUUGAUAAACAAUGGAAGUGUAAUAGACAUUGCUGAUUUAGGUUUAUGGGAAGACCCUACUAAUGGUAUCACUAUACAACCCGAUCACAGCAAAGUCAAAUUAGACAUGGCGGGUGAAUUUACUGUAUGGUUUAAUGGUAAUGGUCGUGUUGAUGUAGCCAUUGAUGAAAAAUAUCACGGCAAAGUAUGUGGUUUACUGGGAAAUGCUAAUGGCGAUCCUGAUGACGACUUCCAUAAACUUACAUCCAACGGUUUGGAAUUGGUUUCUGAUGUGAAUGAAUUUGCAAAUAGCUGGGUUGUGCCAGGCAGCUGUCCUUGAAUAUGAAUAUGAUCAAAGAACACGGAAAUUUACUCUUUUGAGUAGUAUUCUGAUUCUGAUUUGUAAUGUAUGCUUUAUUUCUUAUUCGGUACCCGCUUAUAACAUUUCCACCCUUAGCAUGGCUCAAAGCAUAUUGUGACAACAGCCACUCAAAUAAUGCCUUGUCAAUGACAAGUCACAUUUAAACUGCAUUUACGAUUAUCAAUAUUCAUUUGCCUCCUUCUGGCAUUUUUCUUGUCACAAAUGUAUUCAAUUCUAUAGAAAUCCGCA